AUGCACAUCGUGCGCUCUCACGAUCCACUUAACCAGCUGAUCGUUCUUGGUAUCAGAGCGGCCGUACUGCGCACCGCGGGUAGCAUUCCCGUGCCCCGUCCUGCCGGUGCCUUGAUCCCGGCACCCGGCAUCGGCGCCGCCGGACCCUCGUCCUCAGCACCCGGGCUGCCUUCCUCCAUCGCCCACCUCUUCCAUCGGAAGCUCGACCCUGACGCGGGUAAUUACUCGAAGUGGCGCCAGCUUUUUUAUGUCAUAUGUUGUCGGCAUAACGUGCAGCACCACCUCGACAUCGCGGCCAACCCACGUCACCAGAGCGCCGUCUGGCGCAACGACGAUCUGACGCUCGUGCUGUGGAUGUACGAGGUCAUCACCGAGGACCUCCAGGACGUCGUCAUGUCCCCCACGAGCACGGCGUACAACGUCUGGGUGCAGCUCCACGUGCUCUUCCGGGACAACGCCUCGGGUCGCGCCAUCAUCCUCGAAGCGGAGUUCCGCAACCUAGUGCAAGGCGACAUGUCCAUCGCCGAGUAUAGCCGCCGUCUGAAGGCGCGCUCAGCGAGGUCGGCGUCCUCAUCACCGACCAGGCGCUCACCCUCCAGCUCAUCCGCGGCCUCAGCCGCCGUUUCCAGGUCAUGGCGACCCUCCUGCCGAUGCAGAACCCCUUUCCUACCUUCGUCCAAGCCCGUUCGCGCCUGCUCAUGGAGGAGCUCUCCGCGAACGAACGCGCCCGGCUGGAUGGGCAAGGGUCUGGCGCGCCCACCGCUCUCGCCAUCGGCCCUGCUUCCGAUCGCGGCGCUGAUCGUGGCCCCGCUCCCGCCGGUGACAUGGGCAAGGGGCCCGUCUCAUCUCCAGUAGGCAACAACCGCUCUCGGGGGCGCCGACAUGGCCGCGGCCGCGGACGUGGCGCGCCAGCCUCUUCUGGCGCCGGAUCCUCCUCCGGGUCCCCCGCUCCUGCUGGGCGCGGCACUCCUCCGACAACUGCCGCCCGCCCCUGGCUGGGGUACUUUGCACCGUGGGACACUUCGUUUCCACCGCAGCCCCCGCAGCUCCGCGCGCCCUGGUCUGCGCCGAACACCGCCGGCGUCCUCGGGCCACGCCCUCCUCCACCACACCAGGCAUAGCACGCUGCCGGGCCAUCCGCUGCUGCCGGCGGCCCUUCCUGGGAGCAGUACCACCAGCUGAACGCCGCGCUCCGUAACCUGUCGCUGCAGCAGCAAGGCGGUGCCGCGCCCGAGUGGUUCCUCGAUACGGGCGCCACUUCCCACGUCGCUGGACCUCGUGACCCGGCGCAUCCUGAUGAGGUCCAAUAGUCACGGCGACCUAUACCCAUUCUUCAGCAACAUCGACGUCCAACAUGCACUCUCCAUCGACCACAACCUAUGGCACGUUUGCUUAGGCCAUCCUAGCAAUAAGUCUAUUUCCCUUUUAGCCAAAGAUUUCUUGCCAACUUGUAAUAAUGACACGCCCGUGACGAACAUUCUAUGUUCGGCCUGUCACUUAGGAAAGCAGCCUCGUCUGUCUUUUUCUUCUUCCACAUCUUGUACUACAGCACCUUUUCAAUUAUUACAUUGUGAUC